AUGACUGAUCUACCUAUGACAAUACACUUCUAUCGUUCGGGUGGAGCUGCUCAACUAACAACUCCUGGUUUUUGUCUUUGGUGGAUAUGGUUGCAGUUUUCACUUAAUGACAUUACGAUUGAUCUCAUGGCUUGGAUUUCAAUUGAGCAUCAUCUAUUGAAAUUCCAUGCGAAUUUCAAGCGUCGAAUACGAUCUUGGCAACAGGUAUCAUUCCAAGUAGAAACAAGUGCACGUCUUCGUCAACGAGAAGCUUUAAAUUGA